AUGUCUUCUCAUAUCAAUGGCGACGGCCACGGCAAGACCACGCUGAACAGAGCCGAUGAGGUUGAUGAUCUGAUAGACGCAGUGAAAUCGCUCAUCGUGCCAUACAUCCGCGACGCAGACAAUGCGGCACCCGUCCGGGCCAGCGGCCAAAUAGCAGCGGAUGCGCAGGGAACCACGCGCAAUGUGCUCGUUGACUCCCAUCGGCCGGAGGAGCUGGUGAAGCGCAUGACGCUAUCCUUGCCGCAGGACGAGGGCAGAGGGAAGGACGGGUUACUGGAGACGAUCCAGGAGAUUUUGAAGUACAGCGUCAAUACCUGGGACCAGGGGUUCCUGGAUAAGCUGUACUCGAGCACGAACGCCGUGGGCGUAGUAUCAGAGCUCCUGAUCUCGGCCCUGAACACGAAUGUCCACGUCUACCAGACCUCACCAGCCCUCACACUCAUAGAAAAGACCACAGCCCGCACGCUCGCCUCGCUCUUCGGCUUCACGGGCCCCCGCGCCGGCGGCGUGACCUGCACCGGCGGCAGCGCCUCGAACCUAACCUCCCUAGUCAUCGCGCGCAACACGCUCUACCCUUCCACCAAGACGUGCGGCAACGCCCCCCACCGCUUCGCCGUCUUCACCAGCGCGCACGGGCACUACAGCGUCGAGAAGGCGGCCGCGACCUGCGGCAUGGGGUCCGCCGCCGUUCUCAGCGUCGCCGUCGACGGGUCGGGGCAAAUGAUACCAUCCGCGCUGCGCUCUGCCAUCCUCAAAGCGAAAGACGAGGACGGCCGCACGCCGCUGUACGUCAAUGCCACGGCCGGCACGACGGUGCUGGGGUCGUACGACCCGUUCGCGGCGCUGGCGGACGUGUGCGAUGAAUUUGGGCUCUGGCUGCACGUCGAUGCGUCGUGGGGCGGGCCGGCCGUCUUCUUGUCCGGACAGCGGCACAAGCUUGCCGGCGUGGAGCGCGCGCAUAGUCUGACGGUCAAUCCGCACAAAAUGAUGAAUGUGCCCAUUACGUGCUCGUUCCUGCUCACGGACGACGUGGCCGUGUUCCAUCGCGCUAAUACGCUACCGGCGGGCUAUCUGUUCCACGCGGAUGCAGAUGCGGACGAGAGAGCGGACGAGGGGGAGGAGGAGAAAGAGAGGGAAGAGAGUGAAUACUGGGACCUCGCAGACCUAACCCUGCAGUGCGGCCGCCGCGGCGACAGCCUCAAGCUCGCACUCGCGUGGAUCUACUACGGCGCCGCGGGCUUCGGCGCACAAAUCGACCACGCGUUCGCCAUGGCGGCGCACCUGGCCUCGCUCAUUUCGGCCUCGACCAAUUUUACGCUGGUCUCGGCGAACCCGCCGCCCUGCCUGCAGGUGUGCUUCUACUACGCGCCGGGCGGGGUGCUGGCGGACAGUAAGGAGGCCAAUACGCGGAAUACGCGCGAGAUGGUUGCGCGGCUCGUGGGACGCGGGUUCAUGGUUGAUUAUGCGCCGGGCGACAAGGGCAGUUUCUUUCGCGUUGUGGUUAAUUGCCAGACGCUGAUGGGGACGGUGGAUGGGCUUGUGAAGGCGUUGGGGGAGGUGGCUGGGAGUUCUUGA